AUGGAUGCCGAUGUCGAUGCGAUUGAUAUCGAUGAUGAUGAUGACGACGAUGCUGGCGUAUUCAUCAUCGCCAAUAACUGCCACAGUGAUGAUGAUGAUGUCCUCACUGACUAA